ACACAAUCGUGUGCACGUAGACUGCGCGUAGACACGUGACUGGACACGUCAAUCAUGCGUACCUGCUGCCCGAGCAACAUGGCUGAAGUCUGAAGCGCUUUGGACGUUAAAUGAGUUUCAGGAGUUAAGCGAAUGUAGCGACUGAGUUUAUUAACACGGGGAAUUAGAGAACAGUUAUGGUAACUUAGUAUCUCUGCUGCAACCUGUUUUUUCCCCCCAUUGGAGAGGAAAAUGCUGAAAGUGAGGUAGGAGAACUUACAUGUAGUCACAGCCGCACAGACAGAGACACGUUAUAGACCUGAUAAUGAGUGUAUUAUAGAGGAGCUGCUCUUAUUGCCUGUGAUAUAAAUGGACCUUUUUACUGUCAGCAGAUUAACCAGCUUGUGUCAGUGUUGAGCCUCGACACACGGGUUUCUCCUGCACUGUGCUAGUGCUAAUAUUUACUUAAAUAGUUGCUCUCAGAGUUGUCGCACAGCUGUGAUAGUGGUGGAUUAGCACAGAAGUUAGUCUUCUAACUGCUGCCUGGAUGUGAGCAGACGUUCAGGAUGGUGUGCCCAGUGUCCGUCAUCUGUCGGUCUCUCCGCACUGUAGGCCUGGUCCUUUUCUACUACGCUUUCUCUAUCGGGAUCACUUUCUACAACAAAUGGCUUAUGAAGGACUUCCACUAUCCUUUGUUCAUGACCCUGUUCCAUCUCAUCGUCAUAUUUUGUUUGUCUGCGAUGACACGGUGUCUCAUGCAGUGCUGGACACGGAAGCCUAGAGUCACUUUAGGCUGGAAGGUCUACUUUUACAAGGUGGCACCUACAGCACUGGCAACUGCUUUGGACAUUGGACUAUCCAACUGGAGCUUCCUUUUCAUCACUAUCAGUCUAUACACAAUGACCAAGUCUUCAGCUGUGCUGUUCAUUCUCUUUUUCUCCCUGCUCUUUAAAUUGGAGGAACCGAACCCCUUCCUGAUUCUGGUAGUUCUGCUGAUAGCUGGUGGAUUAUUUAUGUUUACACUUAAGUCCACUCAGUUUAACCUGGAGGGCUUCAUCAUGGUCCUGCUGGCUUCUUUUAUCGGUGGGAUCCGCUGGACCCUUACACAGCUCCUCAUGCAGAAAGCAGAGCUCGGUCUCCAGAACCCUAUAGACACCAUGUAUCACCUGCAGCCCCUCAUGUUCAUGGGCCUGUUUCCUCUUUUCAUGUUCAAUGAGGGACUGAACCUGAGUACAACUGAGAAGAUGUUCCGAGUAAGUGAGCUCCAUCCGCUGCUCUACUCUCUCCUGUCUCUGUUUGCGGGAGGUUCACUGGCUUUUGGACUCGGUUUCUCUGAGUUCCUUCUUGUCUCCCGUACCUCCAGCCUUACUCUGUCCAUAGCAGGCAUCUUUAAGGAAGUGUGCACUUUGCUGCUUGCAGUGAAAUUUUUGGGAGACAAAAUGAGCACAAUAAACUGGCUGGGAUUUGUUGUUUGUCUGUUGGGUAUAUCUCUACAUGUAGGUCUCAAGACAUACUACAGCAAAGGUUUUCCUGUGGGCGAAAAUGCCUUUUUCCUGGCUUACAUUUCUGUUGCUGUGAUACCAAAAUCUCUGAUAAUUACCCUCGUUUGGAUAAUUCUUUUAAUACUGGCCUCUGGAGUUUCUACUCAAGGCCGAUUAAAGCUGACUGUUUUGUCAGAGGACCGGCUCCAGAUGAAAUGGAAGGAGGCUGAGGGGCCAGUACAAGGCUACAAAGUCAGAGUUAGACCAAUCUCAGAAGUUCCUCAGCCAGAGCUGAUGCUGACCACAACACGCGGUCGUGCCACUGUGGCAGGCCUAGAUUCCACCCAGGAGUACCUGUUACAAGUGCUGGUGCUUAAUGGAACUGUGGAGAAGCUCAUCGCGAAAAGACGCUUUACAAUUGAUGUGCUGCGGGAGGAAGAGGAGGCCCGCAAUGGAAACCAAAAGCACAAGAGGAAGGUCCAGGCCGUGGGCUCAGGCUCUGGUGAGAUGGACGAUGCCACUGAGGUUCUGGAGUCAUUACCUACUGUCCUUUACCAGGAUCCAACCACUAAAGAAACUCCUACCAUUACUGAACAAGAGGAGCAAGAGGUCGAAAAAGGCAAGGAUAAGAAAAAAAAGAAGAAAGACAAAAACCGUCCAAAGAUAAAGGAUGAGAAGGUUGAAAGCAGAAGUAAACCUGCAGAAGAGGAGCACAAAGUGAGAAAAAACACCCCAGUUACAGCUGGAUCCUCUCACAAGCCGUUCGAGUGCCGGGCCGGCGUGCAGGCUGAUCUCGUCUUGUUGGUAGACGGCUCCUGGAGUAUUGGACGCACUAACUUUAAAAAGGUGCGGGAGUUCCUAGAGGGCCUGGUCACCCCCUUCCACAUUGGCCCAUAUGGAGUGCAAUUUGCCUUGUCCCAGUACAGUGGAGACCCUCGCACCGAGUGGCAGCUUAAUAACUUUACAGCUAAAGAGCAGCUCCUUGACGCUGUACGAAACUUUAGAUACAAAGGAGGGAAUACGUUUACAGGUCAGGCUCUCAUUCAUGUCCUGGAGGAGAAUUUGAAGGAAGAGGUCGGGGCCAGGUCAGAUACCCCACAAUUUCUGCUGCUUUUGACUGAUGGUAAAUCUCAGGAUGAUGCCGUUGCUGCAGCCAGUCGGCUGAAAAAUGCCGGAGUGGAGAUCAUCGCUGUGGGCGUAAAGAAUGCAGAUGAGGCCGAGCUUAAACAGAUAGCAUCGGAACCUCUGGACUUGAACGUGUACAAUGUGAAUGAUUUCCCCUUGCUCAGUAAACUGGUUGGCCGACUGGUGCGAAUCCUGUGCGGGAAAAUGGAGGAGCGCAGCAAAACAAGACGUGCGCAGCCUACAGAAGACCCAGGGCUGUCCUACCCGAGUCCCACAGACUUGCAGUACUCUGAGCUUGGUCCGAAAGAAGUGCGUUUGAGCUGGACAAAUCCCGGCAGAGCGGUGCAUCAGUACAGGGUGGUGUUCCACAGCAGUGAGGGACAAAGCCCACAGGAGGUGGUGGUAAAGGGGUUAAACUCCACAGUGAUGCUGACCGGGUUGGCCUCACAAACACAAUACCACGUGUCGAUCUUUCCUGUAUAUGAAGACAAUGUGGGUUCUCCACUAAGAGGCAUCUUCACUACAACAAUGCUGGCCAUGCCUGAGUCUCUGGAGGUCACUGCAUCCUCUCCCAGUAGUCUCCGGGUUCGCUGGAGGCCUGCUCAUGGAGCUACUCAGUACAUGGCACUCUACUCAGCUCUAACUGAUGGAGAACCUGACGAUGCUCGAGAGGUGAAGUUUAGAGCUGAUGAAACUGAUGUAGAGCUGCGUGAUCUGAUGCCUUCUACAGACUACUCAGUCACUGUGUACGCUUUGUACGAAGACGAGCCAAGUGAUCCGGCCACCGCUGUCGCUACCACAUUCCAACUACCUUCUCCUCUCACUCUGCAGUUCCCAAUGGUCAGUCACAGCGCUCUUAAAGUCACAUGGGUGCCUGGCGCAGUUGAUGUUCCUGCGCAUCGUGUCACCUACAGCACAAAUCAUGGGAGUGAUGUCAAACAGGUGGAGGUUGCAGAUGUGAACACAGUCUUACUGCAGAAUCUGUCCUCACUGUCCAAGUACCUGGUCUCUGUGCAGUCCCUCUAUGCAAAAGGGCUGUCUACUCCACUCACUGGUAACAUCACUACAUUAAGAGUGCCUGCUCCGUCUGAGCUCCAGGUCACUAACUACUCUGAGAACGCUUUAACAGUACACUGGGAGCCAGCUGCAGACGACGUGACAUCCUACCUGAUUAAAUGGAUCUCUUUGAGUGGAGGAGACCUCAGGCAGCUGAAAGUGAAUGGGCAAAGUGAAGGAGCCAUGCUGGAGGAUGUCGAGGAUGAUAAGGAAUAUCAGAUCUCUUUAUCUGCCCUCUAUGCUGAUGGAGCACAAAGUGAGGCUGUGGCUAUAAGAUACAGCACCUUGUAUGGGGGAGGUCCCAGUAGUGUGUCCAUCUCUGAAGAGACUCCAGUCAGUAUGUUGGUCAGCUGGCUUCCUCCUAAUGCUCAUGUGCUGCAGUACCAUGUGUCGUACACACCUUUAACACCUGGAGAUGCACGGGAGAACAAAGUGUUGUUGCCAGGCAGUGAAAGACGAGUCCUUUUGCAGUCUCUACUCCCUGACACUCGUUACAGUGUGCUGGUUACUGCAGAAUACCGCAACAAAGAGGGAGGCAGUGCCUCAGCACAAGGCAAAACCACCAGUCUUCGUGUGAGCAGCGUAAGCGUAGUUCGGUCUGAUCACUCAAGUAUCUGCGUGUCUUGGAGGCCAGUUGCAGCAGUCACGGCGUACCGCAUAGUAAUCUACGGCCUCAAAGAUAAGCAGAAAAAAGAGGAAACUGUACAAUCUACCAGCAACAGUCACUGUUUCUAUGAGCUGCAACCAGAGACAGUGUAUCGGAUAAGCGUGCACUCCCGCCUGGGAACAGUAGAGAGCACUCCCGUCACUAUUCUCCAUCCCACAGCUGUAGCACCGUUAAGAGCACAGGUUCCACCAAGACUACAUCCCAUACAAAAGGAAAUGUGUCCUGAGAUGACUAUCAGGAAUAGUGUAGUUAAAGGCUUUAACAUGAUGGAGGCAUUUGGUCUGACUCAGAGAGCCCACUCAACUGUGGAGGGUGUUUCAGUCGAGCCUUUCAUCUUCAGCACUCUUCCCAGCUACACCCUCUACAGAGAUGUACAGCUGACCCAAAGCACCGGCUUUAUCCAUCCAUCAGGCUUUUCUCCAGAACACACUAUCAGCAUGGCUUUCCGCCUGCUGCAGGACUCACCCAAAGAGCCCUUUGCUCUCUGGCAGCUGACUGACAAUGAUUUCCAGCCCAAAAUGGGGGUGGUGCUCGACCCUGAAAGAAAAGUCUUGCUCUACUUCAGUCUGGACUACAGGGGAGAAGUUCAGGAGCUGACUUUUGACCAGCCACAAGUCCACACUCUUUUCUAUGGCAGCUUUCACAAGGUUCACCUGUCCAUUAGUCAGGUGAGUGUAUCCCUGUCAGUGGACUGCCGGAGGGUUGGUGAGAGACCUGCCCGUCCCCUAGGAAACAUACCCACUGAUGGCUUCGAGAUGCUGGGCAAGCUGGUGAGAUCUCGAGGACCACGCAGUGGCUCUGCUGCUUUCCAGCUGCAGUCAUUUGAGAUCAUAUGUAACAUUACCUGGGCCUUAGAGGAUACAUGCUGUGACCUGCCUUCUCAGAGAGAUGAGGAGAGUUGCCCAGCUCUUCCUUAUGCAUGCACCUGCACUUCCGACAUUCCAGGAGCCCCUGGGGAAAUGGGAUCACCUGGGAAACCUGGUCCUCGUGGGCAAAAGGGCGAGAAAGGAGAGGGAGGUCAAAAGGGUGAAAUGGGGCCCCCUGGCAAGGCUGGACCAGAGGGCGGCUUGGGUCCUGUGGGGUCUUUGGGCCCACGUGGUAUAACAGUGAUGGGAAAAAUAGGGCCUCCAGGGAUUCGGGGAGAGAAAGGUGAAAUGGGAAUACCUGGGAAGAUUGGUUUACCAGGUCCACCUGGCCCAAUAGGUGAAAUGGGAAAUCCAGGGCCUAAGGGAACCAGAGGGGUGGAAGGUAAUAUGGGACCCACAGGGACCACAGGGCCGAGAGGCUUGCAGGGUAUACCAGGCCACCCAGGGCCUGCCGGAGAAAGGGGGCCUCUAGGACCUGUAGGGCCUUCAGGACUGCCUGGGAUUAAAGGUGAGAGGGGAGAGAAGGGAGAGCCACAGUCUCUUGCCAUCAUCUAUGACCUUGUCACUCAGGCCUGUGAAAAACUAGUGCACGAUGAAGUACAUAAGUUAGAUGAAUUUCUAAAUGAGAUUCGCCGCAAUCCGGUGCCUGUUGAAGAGCCUGUUGGACCUCCUGGUGAACCUGGAAUCCCAGGUGGCAAAGGACGCCCAGGACUUAGAGGUCCUCCUGGACGACAAGGAAACAGAGGGGAGACAGGCAGACCAGGGUAUCCUGGAGAACAGGGACGCACAGGUUUGGCAGGUAUGAAAGGAGAUCCAGGUUCUACUGUCCAUGGACCACCAGGAAAAAUGGGUUUUCCAGGACCUCCAGGGGAAAGCAAGAUGGGGAACCCAGGCCCUCGAGGUGUAGAUGGUAAAUCAGGUAUCCCUGGAAUUUCUGGAGCUGCAGGACAGCCUGGUGAGCUUGGCCCCCCUGGUUUGUGUGACAGCAGCAGUGGGUGUCAUCGCGGAGGCCAUCCACCUGCAGAUCCAUACUAUGGAUACCAGCCUUGAUUAAACAUAAGGACUAAGCAGUUACCGCUAGAGAGCAACUUGGACCAGAUAUUAUAGAGGCACUUUAGGAAGUCAUAUUCAAAUGGUUUAUACAUGCCAAGGACAUGCUUUAUUAUAUUUAUAAAUCUGUUUGUUGGCUCAGGAAUUUCCUCAAUGCCUGACCAUUCACACUGACUCCUUUUUUUUUAAUGAGUUCUUUAUAAUCUUUGAUCAUCAUUUGUUCCAUAUGCAGGCAUUUUAUGCCUGUUUAAUAGAAUAUUUUUCUUUCACUCAUCAAUCUUUUUGGACAUAACCCAUGCCAUGGAUCACAAGACAAACAUUACUGAGCAGGACUCAUUGGAUUCCACAAGGAGGAGAUUUUUUUUGUCAUAUGUUGAAUUUACUACAGAAAUGCCAAUAUCGCACUGAGAAUGUUUUUCGGCUGGCAUUUUACCCAUGCUGUGGUUUAUUUUGUUGUAUUUAUGCACUACAGUGUGUGUCUGUACUUUUCUCAUAUGUUGUUGAAGGCAUAUUAACACGACCACUUGUUUGCGUAACCUGAUUUUAACAGCCACAAAUUCAUUUUUAAACUAAACCAAAUUGUAUGAAAUAAUUAUGAAACAAAACUGUGAUGAUUUUGUAAUGUCUUACUGAUCUGCAUAAGGUCUGUUUUACUUGAUGCUUUGUAAAAUCUUUUAGACAGUUAACACUAUGUAUAUUCUUCUACUGUCAUAUUACUGUAUAAAUAGUAUUUUUUUCUAUCUUAAGUCUGUCCUACUUUUAAAGUGUAUGUGUAUAUACAGUAUGUGUGUAGAAAUGAGCGUAAAUAAGUCAUUGUGUGUAUGAAACAAAACUAUAUUUUAAAUAAUAAAAAUAUUUCUACUUUGA